GCCAUAUCGCGCGACUCAGGCGAGGCGAAGGCUUCUCGCAGGUGACCGCGUUCGCUCGCUCUGAGGCGGCCACUCUCGCCUCUCAGUUCAAAUUCAAACCCCUAACCCCCCUUCGUCUCGACUCAACCUACCGACACCACAGCAACGAACCAUGGCGGCGCCGUCGGAAGAGGAGCUGCCACCUGCGGUGGACGUGGACCCGCGCGGAGACUUUACGGGCUGGCUGGGCGCGCAGGGCGUCAAGCCUGGUCUGGCGCGCACCCUCGCCACGGACCUGGGCAUCGCCGACUACGACUGCCUGCUGGCGUGCACCGAGGACGCGGAAGUGCGCUCCGAGCUACUCGCCGUCGCCAAGGAGCGGCUGCCCUUCGCGCACUACGCCAUCUUCCGCCGCGUCGUCAACGGAGUGCCACCACGGCGCCAACCGCACCCGGCCGCGAGGGGCGCUAGCGCGACGAGCGAGGCGGAUAUCCGACGCACGCUGGGCACGGUGCAGCAGCUGACGGAGCUGGUUCUGUCCGUGCAGAGGCUCACCUCCCCCGAGGCCUUCCUCAACUCGCUGAGCGCCAGCACGCACGGCCGCGCCAGCAGCAAGCGCAAGGCCGGCUCCAGCACAGGCACGGCGACCGUGAUGAUGCGGCGGCGGUGCGCGCAACAGUUGGCAGCUCGCGCCUCCCGUUAUCCUGUGUCAGGCGGCGCGAGCGAGCGCUACGAGGACGAGGAGCUGCCCUCGGUCGUCAUCAACCACCAGGGCAUCGCCGUGUACGAGCGCGGCGGCGGCGACGCCGGCACCGGCGCCGGCGGCGGCCACGGAGCCGGAGCCGGAGCCGGCGCCGGCGGCCAGGUCAACCACGAGGACGGCGAGGACGACGAGAACGAGGAGGAGGAGGACGAGGAGGAGGAGGAAGACGAGGAGGAGGAGGAGGAAGACGACGACAUUGCCAACCGCGCCGCCUACGACGCGUACCCGCAGCAGCCGCCGCUCGCCCCCCUGGAGAACACCAACGGGCAGGAGCAGUUGGCGCACAAGCGGCGCAAGCACUGAGCUCUGUCGUCGCGUGCCGACGCUGUCACCCGCCGCCGCCGGUCUCGUCGGUCCCGUACGGUCGCGCUAUCUCAGGGUUCCACCUUAAACUCCCCACCCGCCCCCCACUCGCACCCACCCACCCACCCCCACCUGGCCUCUGCCACGUGUUUGUUGGCCGGGUCGUGCCGCGUGUUGUUGUCCAGCAGGAUGUCCGGAACCGAAGUUCCCGAAGAAAGAUCUCCCUCUCCCCCCCCGCCUCUCCCCCCUCCCCUGGCCACGGGAAAGGCGGAAUGUGGGAGGGGCACCGUGCCCAACGACCAAUGCGCGGCACCAUCCGGAAGAACGCUUCGGAGCGAGAGAGGUCACGUGACGGCACGCACGCUAAUCCCCCCGUGGCGGCAGCCGUGUUGAAUUUCCGUCGGCGUGCAGACGUCUGGGCCACGGCGUGCCACGGGUGGAGGUGGACGCGCUUUUCAUCUCCGCUCCUUGACACCCCACCCCACCCCACCGAGCCCACGUUUGCCAUUUUUUUGUAUCUCUUUCACUUCACCCACCCAUCCCCGUGCGUGCGUGUGUGUGUGCGCGCACCAUUCACCGGAUUGAUUUUACCACUGCGGGAGGGGGGUGAGCGGGGGGUGGUGGAGGACUGGAGUUGAGGGGGGGGGGCGGUUUUUAAGGCAGUCGGUCGUCGGCCGGCGGAUUUACCGGAAAAUUCGAUUAUUGUCGUGCGGCCGUUUGUACGAGGCGGUGGCGUCGAGCGAUGGGGAGUUCAUGUCCUGCCGAAUAAAAUCCGGGGUUUUGUGGAAUUUAGUGUGAUGGUGAGAAACGAUUGGUCUAUGGCAGGCGUGCGGGAAAGUUGCACGGCGUAGCGCGCGGGGCUGUGUGUCCGGCUUGUGGCUGUUUUACCCGCACCUCCCGAUUUUCCCUUCCUCCCCCCACCCCCGCACCUCCCCGAUUAGCACGCUUUGGCCACGUACGGUGCGUCGGGCCCACCGCUUGGAAACGGCCCGCAGACGACAUCCGCCACCGAAGGCCGCCUUGCACUCGGUGGCCUUGGAGCGCAGAAUAGUUUUGACCCGGUUGCUACUGACGUUAGCGCCACGCUCUUGUAAGCCGAUUGGAAGUCGCCAUUCCCACAGUCGUCCAUCAGGGCCACCCCCCGCCCUCCCCCCAAAAUCACAUUCACAGCUUUUGGGCACAAUAAAAAACUAAAACAAUUCUUCGCGAAUAUGAAACGGCGGUGAAACUGUCUUCUGCCGGUGACGACUUGCCAGCGAUCGCCCUUGAGCAGCCCUGGUUCGCAUCGCGGCUUGACGGGUCCGGCACGGUGUCGCCCAGGUUCUCACUCGCGAGGAGUCCGGCGUUGAGGGAGUGGGUGAGCAUGCUUUGGCUCUCCAACCCCCCCCUACCCCCUCCACCGCACCCCCUCGCCCCCCCCCCCCACCCCCUUCACCCCCUUCACCGCACCCCCUCGCCCCCCACCGCUCCACCGGACUGCUCCCGCUUCCAACCCAUCGUGCGUGCGCAAGUCGAUUUGGCCGGAUGACGUCGCUGUUAACGUCAUUUGGGAUAUUUUUUUUCUACGCUUUAUAAUUGCCGGGGGGGGGGGGUGGGGGGGGUGCUUGGAUAGGAAUAAAACUUUGCUCAUGAAUUCUCCCGUGACCGCUGCCUGCUGGCCUGUGUAUCCGCAAGUUGCUUUCGAAGACGAGGCGUAUGUGUAGGAAAGCGUUGUAUUAGCCACGCGUUUGUGCAUGAUCUUCGCCCGACUGGUUUUAAAAUUUAACGUGAUCCGCUCUGAAGUCGGGGGGGCGGGGGGGGUCUUGUUUUCAUGAACAAAAAAAGCGUGUCGUUAUUUACCAAGCAAAGCCUCCCCGGGUCUCGAGACGCAUUCUUUUGGGGUCCCGCUGCAUCGGGUUACUUUGGCAAAUCCCGCUAAACGAGCGAGUGACUGCACGCUGCCCAUACACAGCCGGGCAGGGAGAGGCGAGCAGAGGGGGGAGUGGGAGGGGAGCGGUUGACUCAACAUCCCAUCCCAUGGAAGCUUUUGGCGCCGUUCUUUUAGGCCGCAGGGGUGAGGGGUGGGGGGCGACACUGCGUGGAGCUGCCGCUGUUACUGCCGCGUGCAGCUAAUUGCUGCUCGCCCCACCCAACCCAAACGUGUCGUUCCCAGCGAGUUGCGAGCUUCUCCAGAGCGGCUCCUUUAACACCAACACCCCCCCCCCCCCACAAACGCCCCUCGGCAAAUGCCGUGGCGCUCGCCAGAGUCGCCCAGUGAUGCAAGUCGUCAUCGUGCCGGCGAGCGGGUCCAGCUGAGACGCCCUCUUGUCAGACCGGGGUGGGUCGUUGGGUCGGCUCCACCGUUACGAUUGCAGCAGCAGCAGCAGCAUCGCCUGCUCAAACCGCAAAUGUAUCCUCGCCACGAUCAAUCGCGUUGCAAUUACGUUACGAAGCCACCGUCUUCACGAUCGCGCGAUUUCGUUAGCAAUUGGGCACCCACCAGAGGUCGCAACCGAGUACCCGAUACCCAAUACCCGGCUACCCGUACCCGGCUGGGUACGGGUACCCGUUUGCGACCCUGGUGCGGCCGGGUACGGGUGAGGAAUCAAAACCCGUUUGCGACCUCUGGCACCCUCCCCCCCCCGGUAUAAGUUCCCACGUUCCUCUGUGUUUGUGUCACCCAGGUUGGAGUUCCCCGCAGCGUGUCGGCUCGCGUGUUGGGGACGAUGCGUUGUGGUUUCACAGCCUUUUGUUCGGCGCGUUGGGGAGACGGUGCCGCCGGUCCGAACCGAUUUGCGUCCAAGAAACGGGAAAGGGUCAAACGGAGUGAGGUCCGGUAUGGGCGGCGGCGGCUCCCAAGACGUCUUGGCCUCAGCCCACACCUCGCUUUGUCGUCGUCGUGGCAAUAUUUGCAUCGGGUCACUAAACCGUAAAAGGUUACAACUCUCAACAACAACAAUAAUAACACUGGUCAACACACUUUUUUCUGGCAUAAGGUAUUCCAACGGGUUUAAGGUAAUUUUGGGGUGCUGAUUCCAAAUCUGGAAUCAGUUUUUGUCUAUCACAUCAGGUUUUUGAGAUAUCAAUUAUUGCAUCUUCAAUAAAAACUGCAGAAGAAAUAUAUUAAGUAAAUGUGGAUAUCUGCAUAAAAUUAUAUUAUAAACCCACUAUCCUAAAAACAGCACCAUAUUUUAACACUAAAGCAGUCACUGACUCGCAACAACUUGCAAUCAUAAGUGACAGAGUUAAUUUCGGGUAAAAUCAAUGAAAAUGGGGUAUGCCGAUAGCAUAAAAAUGAGAUGUGAUAGAGCAAAUCUGAGAUCAGAUUUGGAAUCGGCACCCUGAAAUUAGUCUAAAACAGCUGCAAAAGUCCAGGCCAGAAAAAAAAGUUUUUUUGUGUUGACCAGUGUUAUCAACAGCCCCUUGUCAUACUCUUUGGGUCUUUCGGUUAAGCCACGUGGGUAGAAAAGUAAUAGAUGGCGACGUUUUGAACGCAACGCAAGCGUCCGUCAUCAGGCGAAAAAUGGUGAGAAAGCUGCUACAAGCAAGAGGUUCAUCUUCUUGGUUCUUUCGGUAAAGUCACGUAGAAGGGAAAUAAUAAAAUAAUAAAAAUAAAACAAAGAACCAAGAAGAUGAAUCUCUGCAGUCACGAAAGCUUUAAAUCGGAAAAAAGCAAGAGGUUGUAUAAGUAAAUGUAAGGCUAGCAAACAGAAGGCUCGCAAGCGUCAGCUCAUCCGAGGGGGGAUGGGAUGGGAGAGGCUGCCAUACCGAGCGAGGGGGUGGGGAUGCCGCCGAUCCCUCUGUAAAUUGUAUCCCCAUCCGCUCGCUCGCUAUGGCAGACCCUCCCAUCCCUCUCCCCCCUCGGAUUAGCUGACGCUUGCUAGCCUUCUGUUUGCUAGCCUUACAGUUACUUACAUAACCCCUUGCUUGCAGCAGCUUUCUCACCGUUUUUCGUCUGAUGACGGACGCUUGCGUUGCGCCCGAAACGUCGCGAUCCAUUAUUUUUCUACCCACGUGGCUUAACCGACAGACCCAAAGGGUAUGGAUUCCUGCAGUCACGAAAGCUUCACAUCCAGAUAGGCCCUUGUCAAUUCGCUGCUGGAUAAAGAGUUUCCCCGCGUGGGUCGCCCAUGGAAGGUUUGUUUGCUGGUGGGUUUUAAACGAAAAUGGGUGUACGAAUAUUCUUACAGUUCACGCACCGAUUGUUGUUGUUUGUUGUUGUACGCUAGAGGCGGUGUUUGCGUUGUUGCCUCUCGCGUGGGAAAUGUCCUCGCGAGAUCUGAGUCGGGGGGGGGGCAUCCGUCCGCUUGUCGGUUACUACCAGAGGUGCAUCGCUUUCGUGGUUCCAAAGUCACUGGGGUGGCCAGCAACAGUAAAUUUGUUUUAACACGUGGUAGGGCUUUAACGACCAAUAUUAUCCGCAAUAGAGGUUUUAUUUGCGUUAGAUCGCGUAAAUAUAUAAAUGUGUCGUUAAACCCGCCACCACCCGACACAGCCAACUAGUAAGGUUUGUCACGUAAACAGAACGUGGCCAAUUCGUCACGAGUACAGCACACAGCUUGUGUGUUGGAGAGUAAACCAACUGCAACAUUUGCAAUCCGAGUACCGAUACCUUUUUGCCAGUAAUCACAACUAACUACACCAUUGGAACCUCAUUUGCCAGAAGAAAAAAUAUGAUAAUUGGUUUUUUACCCUUUUAUCUGGCAACAAAACUGACACCUUUUUUUACAAGGAGUCAUGUUUGCAUAGACCACAAUACCUGCGGUCGUAAUGCAAACAAAAAACACAACUCUGAUAAUGUAUGCACUGUCCUUGAAGUUGAUUGGUCCACACCCGAGACAGCUUUCCUUAGAGCCUAGUCUCACAUGGUGUUGGACCAGAUGACGCCAAAAGGCGCACAACUCAAAGGCAGCGCACCAUCAGAGUAUGAGAGCUCGGGGUAAGCAUUUACACCAUUGGAACCUCAUUUGCCAGAAGAAAAAAAUAUGCUAAUUGGUUUUAAAAAAAAGGUGUCAGUUUUGUUGCCAGAUAAAAGGGUAAAAAAACAAUUACAACUAACUAACCACAACUAACUAAUCACAACUAACUUAACAGCACAUCCGUGGUGACCGUCAAGAAGUGAGCGGGGCUGCCGAGAUUAGCGGUCGCGAGCAAGGCGGCACGGCCGAGGUUUCGCUUCGCCUAUACGCGGGUGCCCGUUCCAGCUCCGGUCCACGUCCGCUGGGCCCGCGGACCGAGAAUCGGCAUGGGUACGUGGAGCGCGCGCGGUCGGGGCAUUGCACCGGCGGGGAGGGGGGGUCAUCGUGGUUUUUGUGUACGCGAUCGGCUGCUUUGUUAUGGGAACCUCAUUUGCCAGUAAAAAUAUGAUAAUUGGUUUUUUACCCUUCUAUCUGGCAACAAAACUGACACCUUUUUACAAGGAGUCAUGUUUGCAUACCCAUGUGAGACUAGGCUCUAAGGAAAGCUGUCUCGGGUGUGGACCAAUCAACUUCAAGGACAGUGCAUACAUUAUCAGAGUUAUGUCUUUUGUUUGCAUUAUGACUGCAGGUAUUGCGGUCUAUGCAAACAUGACUCCUUGUAAAAAGGUGUCAGUUUUGUUGCCAGAUAGAAGGGUAAAAAAACAAUUAUCGGCUGCUUUGUGUUUUAGCCGUCGCGCUCCUAUUGUGCCGGGCGCGUCUUGUGUAGCGCCGGUUUAUUUUUUAUUCAUUUUUUUGUGGGGGGGGGGGGGGGGGCGUUGCACCGUUCGCCAGAUGUUCGCAUGGCCUCCCGAUAUGGGCCCAUCGGAUUGCGUGAAUUGAGAGCCUACGGCCGAUGCCGUCGGGACGAUCUCCGGCAACCUAAAGCCGGAUGUCGAAGGGCCUGGGGUCGCGCUCGGGAUAAUUAGGAGGGGGUGCUACGUCGUCGUGGGCAUUGCAGCCAAAUUAUUUGUUGUUGUACUGCACCUCCGUUCGCCCGCAUCUACGUCUGCUUUGCAUUUGACGAGCCCGCGGUUGACAGGGCUGCGCUUGUGCCCGUGUCCACGCGCUGUGAUGGUAUUGAGGUGGCGUGUGGAGUGUGUUGAACUUCUUUCGCACCGCCGUACGUAGCCAGCCGCGCUAAUCGGAGGUUGCGGAGGAAUGACAACAAACUGGACACGCGAAGCUGUGUGUUUUUCAGUCUGGAUGUGCAAGUGCAUAGCCUCCAGUGGCUUCCUAAUAUCGGAAGGAAGAGCGUUCCAGACGGCCUCCUCAUCAUCAUCACCACCAUCAACGUCACACCCCCCACUUCCAAACCAUGCAGGUGCCUCCUCAACAUCGCCACCAUCACCACCACCACCAUCAUGUGCGUAUGCUUAACUUAUUUUGCACCGUACGGAGUCAACCAUGCUCAUCGGAGGUUGCGUGCGAAGGUCAACAAACUGGACACGCAAAGCUCCGUGUUUUUCAAUCUGGACGUAGUCUCCACUGGCUUCAUAAUAUCGGAAGGAAGGGCGUUCCAGACGGCCGCAUCAUCAACAUAACUAACACCAUCACCACCACCAUUUACCUCCACAUUCCCAUGAAGGUACCACCUCAGCAUCACCACCACCACCACUAUGUAAGUUGAACAUCUGUCGGACUGAACGUAGAGGUGGGGGGAGGAGGACAACCCACUAAACUAAAAGCAGCAAGUUUUCAUAGCUCCAGUGGCUUCAUAAUAUCGGAAGGAAGAACGUUCCAGACGGCCGCAGCAUCAACGUCACACGCCCCCCCCCCCCACUUGCUCAUCAUGCAGCUACCACCUCAACACGUAUGUAAGUUGAACUUCUGUCGCACCGUACGUAACCAACGUUGCUCCUCGGAGGUUGCGGUGGAAGGACAACGAACUAAACAACAACAACGACAUCAAAGCAGUUGUAAAGCAAAUGAGUUUGUCAAUAACGACGGCGCGAUUCGUCUUGACACGAGUAGUUGGCCGCGACGAAUCGGGUGUUUUUCGGUCUUAAAAGUGCGUCCGCAAAUAUUCGGGGGUAACCGGUUCGCGCGUGUAAACGUAGCUAAUUAAAGACGCCUCAUUUUUAAUCACGA